AGUGCUGUUAUAGUUUACGUUUCCCGCCCUUUUGUCUGGGGGCUUCUCGCUCUACUUCCAAAUUUGCAAAAUUGUGUGUAGUUUAACUGUUUAUAUUUGUUGCUGUAAUUUAAAUUAAACUCUUCUCUAACAUCUUAAUUGUAUCGUUUGUGUGUUUAAUCGGGUUCAUCCAUCACUUCGGACUUUGAGAUGGCAGAUGUGGCGGUCGAAUCCGAAAUUAAGGAUCCUAAAGAAUUGGUAAAGUUAGCUACGAAAGCGGAACACAUCCACGAUUACAAUGCGGCUGCGACCGCCUACAGUAAAGCGAUUGAAAUAAUAGUGGCCGAGCAUGGCGACAAACACGAUUCGCUAGGCGAAAUUUAUCUCGCCUACGGGAAAACCCUGCUGGAAAUAUCGCGAGAUGAAGCCGAACCUUUGGGAGAUGCAGUUCAACGUGAAUAUAGUUCCGAGUCCGACGCCGAGGAGGCCAAUGGUGCGCAAGACAAAGUUGAAGAAGUUGAAAAGCCGCCAGCCGAAAAUGACGAGAAGCCCGAUGAAAAGACGAGCGAGGAGAACAAAGAGGAGGUGAAGGGCGACGAUGGCGACGGCGAACCCACAAACGGCUCUAACGACGAGGAGCCGACCGACUUACAGCUGGCAUGGGAAGUCCUGGAAAUCGCCAAGUUGAUAUUCGAACAGCGCGACGCCGCCGGUCGCCGAGGCCUGUCGGAAACCUUAAUAGUUCUGGGCGAAGUCUCUUUGGAGAGCGAAAACUUCGAAAGCGCCGUGGCCGACAUGAAAGCCGGCUUAGAAAUCCAAAAGGAAAUUUGUAAACCGAACGAUAGAACUCUAGCCGAGACCUAUUACAAACUGGGAACGGCACUCUCGACCAAUAACCAAAUCGAGGAAGCAAUCCAGAGUUACACGACAUCCUUGGAAGUAUUAAAUAAGCGCCUGGCCAAGCUGAAACAGGACGAAGAAAAGCAGAAGGACGAGAUAAAGGACAUCGAAGACCUGAUCCCCGAUAUUCUCGAGAAAAUUUCCGACAUGAAAAACUUCAAAGAGGAGGCCACAAUGAAACUAGUAGCAGCUAUGGCAUCAAAACCUGUGGCAGAAACUAAAUCGUCAUUUGAAGCUGGAUCAUCCGAUAAGAAAAUUUCCAAUAUUAGCCAUCUAGUAAAACGCAAACGAAAAGACGACGAUGUAAAAGAGGAGGAAAAUCCAUCAAAGAAAAUUAGUCCCUAGUAUCGUUUAAUUGUUCUUACGUGAAUUUGUGUUAAUAGAGUUGUUAUGUAUUACUACACCAAGAUUUGAAAGAGCUGCAUUACGUUCUAGUUUUGCAAAAGUGCAAAUAUCGAUUAAAUUUAAAAGUGGUGUUA